AAAACCUUGACGUACCCACGCUGAUUUCCACCAUCCAUAACUCCGGCGACAAGCUCUGCCACUUCAGUGGUGAUGAAGAAGGGACUACUGCCUGUGAAAAAUAUUUGUGGCAAGGAGAAGAAAUUUUCUGGGAAAGAAGCUUUGGUCAAGCUCUUGAGAUGGCAUUUUGGGCAUUCAGAUUUUCGAGGAAAGCAACUGGAAGCCAUAGAAGCUGUUUUAUCAGGAAGAGAUUGUUUUUGUUUGAUGCCAACUGGUGGUGGAAAGUCCAUUUGUUAUCAAAUCCCUGCACUAGCAAAACCAGGCAUUGUGCUUGUUGUUUCUCCUUUAAUAGCCUUAAUGGAAAACCAAGUUAUGGCAUUGAAGGAAAAAGGGGUUGCUGCUGAGUAUCUCUCUUCAACUCAGACUUCACAAGUUAGGAAUAAGAUCCAUGGAGACCUUGAAUCUGGAAAUCCAGCAAUGAGGUUGCUCUAUGUGACACCAGAAUUAAUUGCAACUACAGGAUUUAUGGCGAAGCUGACCAAAGUUCAUGCAAGAGGGUUGUUAAAUCUGAUUGCAAUAGAUGAGGCACAUUGCAUCUCGACAUGGGGCCAUGAUUUUAGACCUAGCUACCGAAAAUUAGCUUCCUUGAGGAAGCGACUGCCGGACAUUCCGAUGUUAGCACUGACAGCUACUGCUGUUCCCAAGGUUCAGGUGGAUGUGAUAGAGUCCUUGAACAUGGAGAACCCUCUAGUCCUGAAAUCAUCAUUUAAUCGCCCAAAUAUAUAUUACGAAGUUCGAUUUAAAGACCUUCUUAGCGACCCAUAUGUUGAUCUGACUGAUCUAAUUAAAUCUUGCGGAGAUGUCUGUGGGAUUGUCUACUGCCUUGAACGUGCAACAUGCGAUGAUCUGGCUUCUCAUUUAUCAAAAAAUGGCAUUUCUUGUGCUGCAUAUCAUGCGGGGUUGAACAAUAAACUGCGGAGUUCUGUAUUGGAUGAUUGGAUUUCUGCCAAGACACAAGUUGUAGUGGCUACAGUGGCUUUUGGGAUGGGUAUAGACCGGAAGGAUGUUAGGAUUGUUUGCCAUUUCAAUAUUCCCAAGUCAAUGGUAUCCUUUUAUCAAGAAUCAGGUAGAGCUGGUCGCGAUCAACAGCCCUCUAGAAGUGUUUUGUACUACGGAAUCGAUGACCGCAAGAAAAUGCAAUUUAUAUUGAAUAAUGCGGAGAGCAAGAAGUUGCAAUCCUCAAGUUUGCAGGACGUCUCCCCAAAGAAGUCAGUUGCUGAAUUCAAUUCGAUGGUUGAGUAUUGCGAAACAUCUGGUUGUCGUAGGAAAAAGAUUCUUGACAGUUUUGGGGAACAGGUAUCAUCAUCACUGUGUAAGAAAACAUGUGAUGCAUGCAAAGAUCCAAACCUAGUGGAGAAGUACUUGGAGGAGCUUAAGACCAUGUGUUCUCUUCGUAAUAGAAAUGGAUCCUCACAGAUAUAUAUGAACAGCUCCUCAAAGUCGAUUGGUGAAGUAGAAUUCUCAGAAUUCUGGUCUCGUGAUGAUGAAGUGAUUGUGUCUGAGGACGAUAUAUCUGAUGACGAUGAUGAUAUAAAUAUUGUGGAAGGCUUGCCUUCCAAAUCCAAAAUUAGUGAGAAGAUCGAGUUGUUGCAAAAAGCAGAAGAGAAAUAUUAUCAGAAGGAUAAACAGAGCAAUAAACUCGAUAAAAAUGCCAUAAGUGAAAUGACGAGGGAGUCCUGCAAGCAAAGAUUGCUCAAUGCAGUAAAGCAAAUGCAGCAGCGGCUCCACAACUUGCCAAUAGACCCUGAAACAUCUUCCAUGUUCUUCGAGAAUGAAUGCUACAAAAAAUACGGGAAAACUGGGAAAUCGUUUUAUUUAUCACAAGUGGCAAGUACUGUGAGGUGGCUUUCUACUGCUACCGCGGCAGACCUAACAUCCCGACUUGCCGCCACCCACCAGAGUCCUGCUUCAAAAAAUGCAACAGAAGUAGAACCUUCCUCUUCAAUAUCACCGCCUGUCUCAGAUCAGGCAACAAAGAUGAGGAAGGAAAAAGAUGAUGGAAAUUUUAAAUCGGGAGACCCUUCAAGUCCUUCACUGAGCACUUGCAAUGAUAUAAAGUUGCCGCCAAUCCCAUCUUUCUCCGAAUUUAUCAACAAAAAAGGAAGCAAAGAUGGCAAACCAUCAAAAUUGAAAAGAGAAUCACCAUAUGGAGUUAAUAAGCAACCGGAUAAAAGAAGCAGACUUCAGUAGUCUGAACUCUAACUGAUUUCAAUCUUUGUUAUGGUAUGCAUAUUCUUGCCAUCUGUAUGCCAGUCAAUGGUAAGGUCCA